AUGAAUGACACACUCCAAACUUUUAUGCAAGAGCAACGGGACUUUCGCAAGAAACAAGAAGCAUAUAUGGCUACAAUUGCUGAAGCACUCACCCGUUUGACUCUUUCUCCUCCGACUACACAAAAUGCCCAACAAGCCUCAACUUCUAUUAGUUUGCCCUCACAACCCCAACCAAAUCCUACGGGGAGCAUCAAUGCUAUCACCCUUAGGAGUGGCACCAAGUUGGAUGAAAUUGGUGUUGUGCCUACGAGUUCGAGUGAGGAAACCCACAAGGAAGAGGUGGGAGAGGAUAUGGGAGUGAUGAAGGAUGAAGAGGAAGAUGUUGAGAAGGAUGAGGAGGAACCACUCAAGGCCAAGGAGCCAAAGAGGAAAAAUUCAAUUGAAGAGCCUAUGCCCAUUCCAUUCCCAAUAUUGGCCAAGAAGGCCAAGAAGCAAGAACAACUUGACCCCAACCUGGUGAAAAUUUUUAAGAAUGUUGAAGUCACCGUCCCUCUAUUUCAAGCCAUUCAACAAGUGCCCAAGUAUGCCAAGUUCCUUAAAGAUAUUUGUACCAACAAGGAGAAAAUUGGCGAACUCAACAAAAGAUCGGUAGAUGAUUCUAUCUUCUUUCUAAUUCCUGAAAAAUACAAUGAUCCCGGCCCAUGUCUGGUUACUUGCUUAAUUGGUGGGAUUAAGUUCAUAGACUGUAUGAGCGAUUUGGGGGUGUGCGUAAGCAUUAUGCCACUCCCCAUUUAUGAGAGAUUGAACUUGUCACCCUUAAAGAGGUCCGGGGCGAGAUUCGUGUUGGCCGAUAAGAGCAUUGUAUCAGUUGUGGGGAUUACAGAAAAUGUUUUGGUUGACAUCCAAGGUUUACUCUUCCUGGUAGAUUUCCACAUUUUGGAGACUCCUCCCAUUGACUCAGACAAGCCAUCAUCCAUUCUACUUGGAAGGCCGUUUCUAAAGACAUCUCGUUUCAAGCUGGAUGCACAUUCAAGAGUCUAUUCUUUUGAGGCCAAUGGCAAGGUAGCAAGAUUCACAUUGGAAAAAUCCAGAAAACCCACCCUCGAAGCCUAUUCUAUCUUUGGGUGUGAUAUAGUUGAAGAUGAAGUGAUUGAGGUUGACAAAGAGCAAGAAGAAGAGAAGGAUGCCAAGAAGUACGAUUCAAGAGAUCACACUCAACCUAAGAAUGCCAAGGAGUUGGAGAUUUUCCUCCUUGGAGAAGCUCAAAGUGACCAAUGA